UUUUUUUUCUUUGGGGGGGCCAGUUUGAUAAAUAAGAAAAAGAAGAAGGCCGUCUUCAAUAAUUUUUCUACUUUCCCUGAACAAAGUGACGACGACGAAACAAACAAAAAGAAAGCAAAAAAAAAAUUAAGGAGGAAGAGAAAUAUAGAAUGGUGAACUAUGUGCUUAAAAUCAGGGUUGAUCUCGAGAAUCUCACUAAUCUCCAGCCUUCCGGUGGCUGCGACGAUUCCAACUUCCCUUACCUCUUCAAGUUGAAAUGUGAAAGAUGUGGAGAGGUGACUCCCAAAGAAACAUGUGUGACUUUGAAUGAGACAUUUACUCCUCCGGGAGGUAGGGGUACUUGCCAUCUUGUUCAGAAGUGUAAGUUCUGUGGAAGGGAAGGGAAUGUGACUAUGAUUCCUGGGAAAGGUCGACCUUUAACUCUCCAAGAUUCUGAGGCUGGAGAACAUGUCCCUCUUAUGGUCUUUGACUGUCGUGGCUAUGAACCUGUGGAUUUUGGAUUUGGUGGAUAUUGGAAAGCUGAAGCUGAAUCUGGGACCAAAUAUGAUGAGAUUGAUUUGUCGAGUGGUGAGGAAUUCACAGAGUAUGAUGAGAAGGGCGAGUGCCCCGUAAUGAUUUCGAACUUCCGUGCAAGCUUCAGCGUCACCAAGUAAAGUAUAUAAGUCUAUUGUCUAUUUUCUGAUUCACUGCACACUUGGUGUAUGUAAAAACCAUGAAAUGAUAAUGACUCAAGUUCUAAUAAAUUUCUCUUUUUCUA